AUGGCGAAUCCCGCAAGACAACCAUGCACACUUGUUUUAUGCUUCGACGGAACUUCCAGCCAGUACGAUGAAGAUAACACUAACGUAGUCAAGUUAUUUGCAUUGUUGAAGAAGGACGACACUGCCGAGCAACUGUGCUAUUACCAGGCGGGAAUAGGCACAUGGUUCCAGCCGGGCGUAGUGUCUCCUCUCUUUGAAUGGGGCGCAAAGGUUUUGGACCUUGCAUUUGCUUGGUAUCUCGACGCCCAUGUCCUUGAUGGCUACAGAUUUAUCAUGCAGAAUUAUCGUUCUGGGGAUAAGAUUUGCCUGUUUGGUGUGCAGCGAGCUUCCAAUGGCCCGUUUUCUCUGCGUGUUCAUAGUAACCUUUACCUACAGGGUUUUCUAGGGGCGCUUAUACCGCGAGGGCGUUGGCUGGUUGGACUCCUCCCUCGAGACAACGAUUCCCAAAUGCCUUUUGCGUACAAGCUUUACAAACGUACCGAUCCGGCUGGAAUACAGCUUUGCGCAGGUUUCAAGCAGACGUACUGUCGAAAUGUCGAUGUUGAGUUCGUCGGCGUUUGGGAUACAGUCGCAAGCGUCGGCGUCGUUAUGGGUCGGACGCUCCCCUUCAGCAAUGCAAACAGGGGUAUCAAGAUUUUCCGACAUGCGCUUUCGCUUGAUGAGCACCGUGCCAAGUUCCAGCCAAAUUUAUAUCACCGACCUGGACCUACCGACGCAUCUGAAGACCAGAAUCUGAGAACUGGUCCUGAAACUGGAGAUUUGACCUUCGCGGCUCCUGAAUCGUCUACCCCAGAUGAGCCACAACAUCAAGCGUCUUUCGGAUACACAUUAUCGCCCACCGGGACAAGUUUUACGGAAAAUAAAGAUACAGGAAAGGCAUAUGCACCCGUAAUGGAGGAGCAGGUGAUACCAGCCGAUGUUUUGGAAGUCUGGUUCUCAGGGUGUCACAGUGUUCCAGACGUCGGAGGAGGGGCCGUUCUGAACAGCACCCUUGAAUCUCUCGCCAAUAUUAGUUUGCGAUGGAUGGUCAGGGAAGUGAUCGCGUCGGGAUGUGGGGUGAUUUUCGAUCCUGCAGCCCUGGCUCAAGCCCGAAUUGAGGUAUCUCCCGAACCCAUUGGGCUUGCAGAGCGGGAACUCGACGAUAUUGAUUGUCUGCAGCCCAUUUACGACGAUCUUGUGAUUUACAAGAUUUGGUGGAUGUUGGAAGUCAUGCCUCUAAAAUUUACAUGGCAGGAUGCGCAGUGCGUUUGGCAUUCGAAACAUAGUAUCCAUCUAGGAAAGGGGCGAAAUAUUCUGGAGCCACAUCCGAACUUUCAUGUUACGGUCCAGAAACGAAUGAAGUCUGCCUUGAACUAUAAGCCGAAGGCUACUUGGGCGGCGGGGACGGAAGUUUAUGUACAAUAA